CAUGUGCUUGCCUCAUUGAAUGAGACUUUCCAGACUGAUGUACCACAAUCCCAUCGUUUUGCUGUCGCUUUUGCCUUCAAUUUGUCGACGUUGACAGCUAACAUAUCUGUCAGAUUGAGAAGAGUGCGAUGAACCGCAGUUGCCAGAUGUUGUGUGGGAAACUCAGACGGCAAUCGCGGGUUUCUCUUGCUGAAGGCAUGGGAUGCGUUUUAUAGAAGAAUCAAUUCAUACAUACAUAUGUGCUUCAUAUUUUCCGCUUCCAUCUUUCCUACGCUUACUGGGAGGUGUUUGUUUACUGUAGCUGUAUGCAGCAAUCCAGCCACACCACUUGCCUGACACAUUCUCCAUUUGGUUUUCUCGUUCGCCUGGCGCUUCUACCCACGUUCGUUACAGUGGAAGGCCUAUCUGAGGAUAUAGUGUUAACUACCUAGGUACUCUUUCUACUUCAAUACCCCGUUAAACAGCAUCUUAGCAUAGUCUUAAAAGACUGCUAAUAAGAUCUAGACAUAACAUAAAGCCUUGAAUGAGUGUCGAUAGCUGAUCCUAUAGUGGGCCCGCCCUGGUAAUGUAGUUAUGCGAAAGUUGCUUUGUUUCUCCACCAAACAAGAUUUGCGCGACGGGCCUUUUUUUCUCUUCUUCUCUUGAUCGACACACCACGCAGUCGCGAGUCUGUCCAUUCUGUGUCUAACACAAGGAUAUCGGUCCUGAUAUUAUUUUUUUGCGUUAUCAAGAUCGAAGCAGUUGAUUCGGCACGUCAUGCAGUACCUGCGCCGUGAAUCGCGCACACGUACCUUCAGCCCUACCAAGAACGGGCCAUCGUCCGAUCUCUGACCAGCCACCUUUCCCCAUACCUCAACGCUCCAGCCAAUCACAGCCCGCCAUCGCCCAUCACUCGCAGCUUCCGAUCCCAAGCUCGACCUUCCUUCACUCGUCCAUCACCUCACUUCUCCUCUUUCACCUCACUUUUCCAUCCUAUUCCAACACGCGCAUUCGUAUCUUCGUCUCGCGUCACCUCUUUACUCCUUGCGACUCAAUUGACCUUUGUUUCGGACUUCGCGACCGCUAACUCCGAGCUUACGGGAAAUAACGUCAUCGUCACAAUUGCGCCUUCAUCCGAACGUCAACAAGCACAAUGACUGACACAGAGAUCCAAAAGGGUGACCAAGUCUCGUGGCAAUGGUCUGGAGGACGACCAGGUGGAGAGGUAGCCGAGGUCAAAGACCAGGGCGAAAUCGCCAUUGAGUCCAAUCGAGGCAACACCAUCAAGAAAAACGCCGAUCCCGAGAACCCUGCUGUGCACAUCGAACGACCUGGCAACGAUGUCGUCAAGCGCGCAUCCGAGCUCGAGAUUGACGAAAAGGCCAAUGGCACAAAUGGCGACUCCAAGGAUGAAGAGAAACAGCCAGAGUCUGCUGACAAGGAGGAAGACAAGACUGGUGACAAGGAGGAAGACAAAGCUGCUGAAUCCGAGCAGAAGAGCGAUGAUAAGCCCGCCGAGUCUGGUGAUAAGGACGAGGAAAUGAAGGAUGCUCCGGCCGAGAAAGAGGCCGAGCCGGAGAAGGGCACCGAAACCGAGAAAAAGGAUGAAUCCGAAACUCAAAACGGUGUUUCCAAGCCCCAAGAAGAGUCGAAUGGGGAUUCCAAAGACACAGAGGAAUCACCCGAAGAGCCAAAGACUGGUGAUAAACGCAAAGCAGACGAGCCUCCUGCCACUGAGGCCAACGGCGACAAAGCCGAAAACGAUGAGCCCGCCUCGAAGAAAUCCAAAGCAGGCGAGGACGAAGCCAAACCCAAGUCACGCGGUCGUCCCAAGGCCUCUGAGAAAAAGGAACCUGCUAAGAAGAAGGAGCCCAAGAAAGCGGCUACCGCUGACGGCGUGCCUAGGCGGAGCGCCCGCAACAGGUCGUAGAUUUUCGAAAAGUGAAAACCUUCCAUAUAUACGCCAAAGAAUCGCGUAGGCGCCAUCUCUCUUUCUUUUGUUGGAGGUAAACCGUAUUCGUUCCGUCCACGUUCCCGGAAGUACACACGGAUAAAUGGGGGAACAGGUCAUGGGAUUGGAGGAAUGAAGGCGUAUUGGACUAUCUCUGUUGGAUCAUUUAGUAGUUUUUAUUGAGUCUCGUUUGUAUUCCGAGUUUGGAUUCGUCUUAUAUGUGCGUUACAGAUCUACAUUCAACCUCGACUGUACUCUGUCCGCGCCAUUCAUAUACGGGUUCCG